AUGGCGGAAGCUCUAGGAAAUGAGUAUCCUUCGGGUUAUGACGAGGACUUUUUGGAUACAGUCGAGCACGAUUUUAUUUGUUUAAUUUGCCAGUUGCCGCUUAGGGAACCACUGCAAACGAAAUGCGGUCACAGAUUUUGUAAGGGAUGCCUCGAGGAAUGUUUUAGAAGGUGCGUCUUUCUUGUUUGAAUUUCGUUCGCCGGAUUAUGAAGUCCGCCUUCACUGGCGGUUACCUGAUUCGGGCAACCGAACAUACACUUAACUCUAGUUUUACGUUGUGAAACAGUUUGCGGGAUUUUGUUCAGCACACGGUUAUAUAAACAAGGUAUGUUUGUUCUAACAGCCGAUGUAAAGACCAACCUGGCACGGCUUGUUUUUUACAUUUAGAGCAUUAGCAUGUAUAGUUUCCCCCUGAUUGUUUUUGGCUGCACUUUGAGGUAAACACACUCUUGCUAUUGACAGUGUGAUCGACUGUUAGAGUCAUCGGUCCUGUCAACACUUUAGUAUUUUCGAGAAAUGCGAAAAUCAUAGAGCAUGAAAAUUGUUCUAAGAUGUUCUUACAUGAACCUUGAAAAUUACUCUCUUAGAACUUUCCCUCCGCCUAUGUGUACACAACUGCCUCCUAUGUCGUUGUGGUUCAGUGGUGCCAUAUCAGCCGUUAUAAUUUCGAUUUGAGAAAUAAAUAGAUAUGCAUAGAUCUGCUGUUCACCUUGUUAUUUUGCCAGUGCACGAAACAAUGAGACGAAAAAAAAGAUAAUUCGGAUAUGACCGCUCUUGACGUAUCUUUCCAAGAAGAUUUGGAAAGCUUCUAAGAAAUGGUAACUUCAGAAUAAAUUCUCACUAAAACAGAGACUUUCUUGAUUUUUCAUAGUGGACAUUUGUCCUUAAUAGAUUUGGUCUUAUAUUUACAUCAUAGAUCAAAAUCGAAGCUCACUUAGUCUGGCUUCAUAGCACACGCAAGAAUACAAAUAAAUCUUACGAGAGGAAACUCGGAUGCAUCGCAACUUUUUUGCUCUGCAAAAGGUCGGCUUACAAACGUUAUUGAAACCUUGAGAGACUGAAAUUACACUGAUUUAUUGUAACACUUCUGCAAUAGCCAGUUGCUUGAUUAACGCUUUACUGCACACAUGUGAAUGAAUAUUUAAGUUUAUUUUAUGCAACAAAAGAGACCAUUUUGCAAAGCCUGAUUUCCACAUUAAGGCUAUGAUCCCUCCCAGCCUCAACUCGAAAACCUUCCGUGACAUUCAAAAGUAAUUUCAUGUAAAUAAGAGCUGCUUUCGGGACUUAAGGCCAUAACCGUUUGGUGCACCAACUUAAAAAGACUAAUUUUAAUGUCUUCGAUUCCCUGCCUUAUUGAUGAGCUAUUAACAUAACCGCUGAGGCGAACAGUCCAACCUAAAGUUUAUUAUGAGUUGAUGCUCAUAAAGUUGAUUACAGUUGAUGAAAUUUUCUGAAAGUAUCACAGUCAAAAGAAGGAUGACAAAACUUCUCAAUCAUACCAAUCAUAUAACGAUCUCCCAUGGGCUACUUGAGAGGCAACCCUACAAUUUUAUUGAUAUGUUCCUUACUGAGCAAAAAUUUUUCAGUAAUCUGAUCUGUUGAGGGAUUCCUUAUAUGAGCGUAUUUUUACCCACCUCAAAGUUUAAAAGUUUUGCACGUAAUGUGGAGUGCCCUUAAAACUUGACUGAACAUUUCAGGAUCUUGCAACGGUUACACCAGCGUUAUAAAGUGUUGAUUUAGAAGUUUCAUUUGAAUAGAAAAAAUUAUGAAAUAUGCUGACUCAAUACAAACAAAUGCUUUUCAAGUGGCGAUCACAUUAAAAACAAGAAUUUUCAGAACUGAGAAAAAAGUUUUCGCAAACCUCAUUUGUUGAGCGAUUCCGUCUAUGAUGGUAAAACCACAAAUACCUAACAGCUGGAAACAUUUAUAAGUAAUGCAAAGUACGUUUAAAGUUUGUACUACUACACAAUUGAUCAUUGGCUCUUAUGCUUACUCCACCCCCCACCACAAACUCUCGUGACCAUUACACUUGCAAUGUUGUGUAUUGUUCCACCAAAACAAUUAUCCACGUUAAAGGAAGUAAAAAUUGUCACGAAGUCCCUUCGACUUGGCCACGGGACCAUUCGACGUCAACUGAGUCGACCAAUAAGUCAUUUAACCCUUUAAUUCUCCCCUCUAGCUGCUACACAUUUCCUUUUAAAUCAGUGAGAAGAAUUUGCUGUAAGAGCCAUUUAACAACUUCUACCCGCUAUUUACGAGUAUUCUCAUUACCUGUUUGCUGAAUAAUGUAGGGUUAUCAUAGGGAGGAGGUACAUGUUAAUCACUUCUGGGAGAUAAAAGGUUAAUUUAUCUAACAUCUUGUUAACAGACUGGAGAUCAAUGAUCAGCCUUCAGCUUGCCCCGUGGAUAGAGAAGUUCUAGACAAAGACAAGGUAUAUGUGCUUAUUUACGUUUCCUUUGACCGACAGACGUCCACAUCAAAGCUAUGCUUGCAUCAAAAGUUAUUUUAAUAGAAAGAUUAUUUCCUCGGUCCUCACUAAAUAGCACUGAAUCACUUUAAAUUAUUUUGGGUAGUAAAAAUUUAUAAAGGUCAAAGGAAAGAGAUGAGUCUACUUCAAAUACUUUACCCUUACAUCGUCGGGUAAAAGUAUGUAAUAGCACUUACCAGUGAAGCACAAAGUUGUCUCUUGCCCUUCUCUUAAGACAAAUAACAUGAAAUUAAACAGAAGGAUGCUGAUAUCUCUAAGCCAUUACUGCACUAUCUGAGUAACAGCUGCAAUCGGUUUUUCCAUUUCAUACAGAAGAAAACAUGACGAGUACGUAAAUUACUUUGAUUGUCCUCGAGGUUUACAAAAAUCCUAUUUUGGAACAUCAGCUAUUAAUCUUUAUGUUAAGUGUAUGGUUUCUCUUAUAGCCGGAUGUCUUCCCUGAUAAAGCGACAGAACGAAAAAUCCUUUCCUUUGCUAUCAAAUGUCCUUGUGGUGACUGCGAAUGGACUGGGGAACUGAGGAACAAAGAGGUAACUUCGGAAUCACAACGAGCUUAGCGUUAUUUGAUAGCUAUCGUAUCUUUCGUUAGUUAUAUCUGAGAUAUAUUUUAUAUUUUUAUUACAGACUCACCUGAAAGCUUGUCUUUUCAAAGUCAUCACUUGUCCUAACGAACACUGUCAUGAGACCAUGCAACGGAGAGAGGUCAUACGACACAAGACUAUCACGUGUUUGUGGAGGAUCACUGAAUGUGAACAUUGCAACGAGCCACACCCAGCAUGUUGCAUGCAGGUAGUUUAUCACGAUUAGAUGUAUAGAGGAAGUCUUUAUUCUUAAGAAAUUUCAUGAAUUUGCUCCUACAGUGAUUUAAAGGGCUCGGGCCUUGCAAAAAGGCCCGCUUUGUUGAGUAGUCACAACGCACGCAAUAACUGAGAGUUAUUUCAUGAAAGAUGUUAAACUUAUCUCUUUCAGGAUCAUAUUGAAAGGUGCUUGAAGUGCCCGGUAACCUGUCCUAACGGCUGUGGUCUGUCAAUUCAAAGGGAACUGGUAAGUGAAGGAGAUUUUUUAGUCAGUUUUAGAUGACAUAAGCUAACAGUUUGGUUAACUACAUGACACGAUGAAUUUAUUUCAGAUACCAAACCAUACCAAAGAUGAUUGUCCUCACGCCAUGAUAUUCUGCCCUUACACGGAGAUGGGAUGCGAAACAAAGGUCUGUAUGUAAGGAAUUGUAGCAUCCAAUUAUCAAUUGUCAGCAGGCAAAUGUGACGAGUUGCAAAAGCGACUCAGAGAAUUGAAGAAAAAACAGUGAAUUAGUGACUUGAAAUGAAAAAGAAAUUGAAAUUAAUAGGUAUGGUAACGUCGAGAGAGGGUUUACACCAGAGAGAGCGGAUAUUGCAAUUAUUGCACUAUAAUGAUGCCAUUCUAUACACCUGGUUUAACGCUGAGGUCUUCAACGGAAAAGAAAAAUUCUUAACUUAGGAAGCUUAAUUUUCUUUCAGGUUCAAAGAAAACAAGUGGAGACUCAUCUUCAAACUGCCGUGACGGUUCAUCUUGAUUUAGCUUGUCUGAGGUUGAAGGAAACACAAAACUUAACAAGACAACUGAUGGACAAAGUCAAUACACUUCAGAUCCUCUUUUUGGAAAAAGCACUGGAAGACGAAUAUAAAAUGAUAGAAAGGGAAAACGGAACUUGUUUUUGGAAGAUUCAUGAUUUUGAUAAAGUGUUUAAACAAGCCAAGGCCGGAAAUAAAGAAAGAGUGGAAUGUGUGAUUCCUCACACACAAACCUAUGGCUACAAUUUAAAAAUAAGAAUUUAUCCCAAUGGCAGAGCUUUUGACAAGAAUACUCACCUUUCGGCGUUCAUUGUUGUAAUGAAAGGUGAAGAUGACGCCGUAUUAGCCUGCCCCUUUUCCAAGAAAGUGCGACUAACACUGAUCGAUCAACAGGAUGGUGAGGACAAACGGGAAAACGUUAGUAAACUGGUUAAUUUGUAUAGGUUCCCAGACUACUCUUGUAGGCUCAAAGGAAAGGAGAACGAAGAGUUCGGUUAUAAUCAGUUUAUAUCCCACAAGAAACUCAAGUCAAGGAAGUAUAUUAUGGAUGAUAAUCUAUUUCUUCAAGUUAAGAUUCAAGAAAACAUAUGA